CCUCGCCUGCGUUCCCCCACGGCGGGUUCGCUCGCCACAAUCCACUUGGGAUCCCAUUGUUCUCUUACCGCCACCAUUGUCGGUCGCGGCACCUUGACACCUGACGCUCGGCCCCAAUAUGGCGCCGAAGCAACAGCAGCGCCAUACGAGCGCGAGUACAUCGCGCACCACUGGUGCCCGCGCGACGGGUGUCCUUGAAUGGCGCUUCACCAACAAGAUGAUGAACGUCCGCGACCUAUCGCGCGACGAUGACUUUCUCAGUCAUCUUCUCGUUGAGAAGCUCGGCACCGGCGACGUUCCCCUCCUCGUGCACAAGAUGGAUUCGUCGCGCGCCCUCCCAAAGACGGACGCCGCAGUGCUCAUGAACAUUGUUCGACGCCUUGUGGUUGCUAAGGGUCCCCUGCAACAUGUCGUGCGCGAAGCAGUAAAUGAACUCCUCCGACUCCCCGCCGUCCUUUACUACCUCAAGAGCUACACGCAGCAGCAGAUCAAUGCCUUCGCUACCCACGCCGCUCGCUACUUUGAACUUUACCAUCCUUCCGGCUGCAUAGAGAUCGCGCACACCUCCCGCUACUCUCUCUACACUGGCAAGUCUGAGCUCUGCAUACUGGCCACUCGUGACCUUGCCCCUGGCGCCGUAAUCUCCGAGCUCAAGGGCUCCAUGGCCAACCUGACCGAGGACGAGGACAGAGCCCUCAAGGAGACGCAAAUCAACUCAGCUAUCCGCCGCGAUUUCAGCGUCAUUCAUUCCCGCCAGAUGAAGAAGAACCACUUGUUCCUCGGCCCCGCGCGCUUCGUAAACCACGAUUGCGACCACAACUGCGAGCUUUUUCGUGAAGGCAAAUAUAUCACCUUCCGUGUCAUCAAGCCUAUCAAGCUCGGCCAGGAAGUCACCGCCCAUUAUGGCGACUCGUACUUCGGCAAGGGGAACAAGCACUGCCUUUGCGAGACCUGCGAGAAGAACGGACGCGGUGGUUACGAUCCAGCGAAUCAAGGCGACGAUGCGGGCUCGUCCUCGGACGGUAGCGACGUCAGCGACGUGGAAAGCGUGGAGGAGGCCCCUGUCAACGUCAAUGAGCGUCGCACGCGGCGUGGCGUGUACGCGACUACGGUACCCGAGGUGGAAGCAAUUUCCUCCGACAGUGAGGAAGAGGAGGACAACACGAACAGGCCACUGGCCAAUGCAGCGCCCGGCGCGAUCGAGGUCGUUGCUGUGGGCGAUUCUGACCUUACGCCUAUACCCUCGGACUCCGAACCUGCAGGGUCCACCCAGCAACCGGUGGCAGGGCCUUCAAAUAGCAGAGCACCGCCAGCCGUGCCACCUCCUACCGGCGCAGUGGAAGGUUCCCCCGUCGGUAGCCCUCUGACCGUUGUCGACGAGAUGUCGUCGCCCAAGCUGCCCUCUCCCAAGCAGUCGACCAUCAGCCCUCAACAGCCGUUCCGGUCGAUCAUCGCCACCCGGAGGCAGAAGAUGUUGGGAAUAGGCGCCGAAGCCAGUGCAUCAGUCACCGUGCCACCCACUACACAGUUGGCGUCCCCGGCGCUCACGGAGGACGCGACAUCAUCCAUCUCUACAGCCGGCUUUAAUCGUACGCCGACAACGACUCGUACGACGCGCACGAGCGCCCGUAAGCAAGCUGAGGCGAACGGCAAAGAGUCAGUUAGCAAAGGCAAGGGGCCUGAAGCGAAGGCGAAGGCAGCCGGCAAAGGCAAGGAGCCCGAGGCCAAGGGCAAGGAGGCUGCAGGGAAGGUGAAGGAAGUGGACGGCACCAACAAACCGCCUGCGAAGUCCUCCAAGCCUGGCACAGUCGCUCAAUCGGAGCCGCCGCAACAGGAGCCGGCUAAAGACGACACCCCGAAGCAGCCAGUACGAUUCUCCACCCGGCUGAAGGGCAAGGGGAAGGGCAAGGAAGUCAGUGCAUCACCCGUGACGAUAGCGUCGGCGAAGAAUGGUUCUCAUUCGCCGACGAAAGCGAAGGUGAAGAAAGAGGAUGCCGAGGUCGUGCCCGCCAAGCGUGGACGACCGUCUUUGGCGGAUCUGGCUGCGAGGGAGCCACCGCCGAAGGUACCGGAGGUCCCAAGGGGCCCGGACGGCAAGCCACUGCCUCUGUGUGCAACAUGCAAGAGCGUGCUGCCGGUGAUCUGUGUGGAUUACCAGCCCGUCUGGGGCCAGGAUCUCGAUUCUGCGACGCGGCAGGGAAAACAGGAAUGUCCUCGUUGCAUGCGACAUCAAGCAAUCUAUGGACAACCAUGGCCUCGACGCGCUCCCUUACACGGGCAGCCCGUCGAGUUUUUGCCUACGCCCCGCUCAACGACGCCUGAGCCCGCACACGCGAAGCGGGUCACGGCGCGCGCGCUGCCCAUGCUGGACAAGAAAUUGCAGGCAGCGGCAGCUGCACGCAGUGCUCAGCGAGAAGAGACGGAUGACGAAGAUGGGCGACCCGCCAAAAAGCGGCGUGUCGAUGAUUCAGCGUCUGCUGGUCCGAACGCUGUUCCCGUACCGAAGAGGCGUGGGCGUCCGCCAAAGAAUCCGCCUGCUGCAACCGCUCCUCCGCCAGCCACCGCGCUUCCGCCCGUCGAGCUCAAGCAGGAGGAGAACGCGGAUUCCACUGUGCCUCUCAAGCGCAAGCGCGGCCGUCCACCGAAAAAUCCUGCUUUGCGAGCAGCUCAGUUGGCAGCCGCUGCUUCGGCUCCAGUCGGGCAACCCAUGAAAUCGGAACCCCAGCCGCGUACAUUGGGCGGUCAGUUUGAUCGCAAGCAUCGCGAGCUACCCAAGACAACCCCCAAAUCGCGCGCGCAACGCGCUGAAGACCGCGAACGCGUCCGCAAGGACAUGGAGCGGCGGGGUGUCGUCCCGACGGCAGUGGGGGAUAGCAGCGAUGAGGAAGUGACGGAGAUUGACGGAGUUCGGUGGAAGGGGAAGCAGCGUCAGGACGCGCAGGCAGCGUUCAGCGAAUCCGUGUCUGCGGGGCGCAUGCGUGGCCAGCCUGGGAGCGGCUUGCGCGACGCGCCGCGCAAGCGGAAGUUGGUCGAUGCAAGCGACUUGGGGUCUGCGCCGCACCCACCGCCCCCGCCUCCUGGCCGAAGGCGGGUAGAAGAAGCAGGCGGGGCUCGGAUGGUCGUGGCCGCGACAGGAAAUGCAGGAUUUUCCGGCGGACGGCUCUGGCGUGCCAGUCCAGCGGGAUACGCGCGUAACUUCGUCGACGUGGGCGAGUUUGAAGUGGAAGAAAUUUUGCCACCUGCGAGCGCUUCUGCGCGGGUCCUGCAGACGAUUGAGGACUCUCCUGAGCCUCAAGCGCGCCCUUCCAAGGUUUACGUGGAUGCGGCGGUCGGCUCGGACAACGAGAUGACCGAUCAAUCUGAUUCUGAGGAGAGCGAAAUCUUGACUGGCUACCGCUACGACUACCCUCGAGUGCCUAUACCCUCUACGCCGGUCCCUCUCAAGUGUUUCUAUCCAACACACGCGCGAGAUGACCCGCACUAUGAGUCUGCGGUGUGGGAGUCGUCGCCGCUCUCGGACAAGGAGUAGUGCUGGCGUUUCGUGUGCUUGUAUGGCGACCGUCGUCGUCGGACAGCAUGCCAUCCUUGCGCUGGCAGGCGCGACUCUGGCGUUGGCGCAUGGCUGGUAUGUCCGCCGAGGCCCUCAUGGUCGAGCACGAUGUUGGUUUCCAGACGGAGAGCGGCGGUCAGGACCAGGAUUGGACCGGCCGCACCAGGUGGCGUCUACGUAUUCAUACACCCUCCUUACCUACAACCUUUUCAUACUUUCCCUGCACGCUCAUGCUGCUAUGGACCCCUCGCUCCCGCAUAUGCUGUAAAUUAUACGUUGUCGACUACUCUAUGCGUUGCUACAUGUAAUCACCGUCGAAGAUGCUAUGAACAGCUGACUGUAGAGUCUAUGGAGCCACACGGACGGAUCACUGAGCAGCG